AUGUGGAAGAAGUUAAAAACACUCAGCCGUCCUACAUGGUACAUUUUGAACGCUCAGAGUUGGCAGCUACGAGUGCCGCAGACCCCACGUGCUGGGUUUGUUUUUCAGAACUGGUCUGGGAGUCUUAUUUUAGCCUCCUUAACUGGUGCUUUUGGGUCGUCUUUUCUUUAUGGUUACAAUCUGUCGGUGGUGAACGCUCCCGCCGGGUAUAUCAAGAAGUUUUACAAUGAAACCUGGGAGAGGAGGUAUGGCUUCUCAGUGGAUGAAGGCACGCUGACACUUCUCUGGUCCAUAACUGUUUCUAUUUUUGCCAUCGGUGGCCUUGUGGGUGCUAUUAUUGUUACUCCAAUUGUGAAGUUCUUUGGAAGGAAAUGCACGUUGGUGCUCAAUAACGUGUUUGCAGUGGCAGCUGCGUUGUUGAUGUCCCUGUCCUUGCUGGCAGGGUCGUUUGAAAUGCUCAUACUGGGCCGCAUUAUCAUGGGUGUUGAUGCAGGCAUUUCCUUAAGUGCUCUCCCCAUGUAUUUGAGUGAAAUAUCUCCUAAGGAAAUCCGUGGUUCAUUGGGUCAGGUCACAGCAAUUUUCAUUUGUAUUGGUGUUUUCACUGGUCAAGUUUUGGGCCUUCCAGAAAUAUUUGGGCAAGAAUCUCGGUGGCCUUUCUUGUUUGGAGCAAUCAUUGUUCCAUCAUUGAUACAAGUCGUGAUUCUGCCUUUUCUUCCUGAAAGUCCUCGGUACCUCCUCCUUGAAAAGCAUGACAGGAGCAAGGCAGAAAAAGCAUUUCAGAGAUUCCUUGGGAAAGAUGAUGUGUCUCAUGAAAUAGAAGAAGUUUUGGCAGAGUCUCGAGUGCAAAGGAACACCAAGCUGGUGUCCAUUGUGCAGCUCCUGAGAACCCGCGCGGUGCGAUGGCAGAUCAUCACCGUGGUCGUCACCAUGGGCUGCUAUCAGCUCUGUGGGCUAAACGCUAUCUGGUACUACACAAACAACAUCUUUAGUGAAUCUGGGAUCAAUCAUGAGACAAUCCCUUAUGUUACACUAAGUACUGGUGCUGUUGAGACUCUGGCUGCUGUAUUUUCUGUAAGUAUGGUUAUAAAAAUCCAUUAG